AUGCAUCGUCAGGAAACCAACUCAUCAAAUGGUACAGAACCGGACGAAUUAACUGGAGAAGAAAUCCAAGAAUUUGGGCAAGCUUUUAAGUUGUUUGACAAGGAUGGUAAUGGUACAAUGAAUAUAAAAGAAUUAGGAGCAGCUAUGCGAACACUCGGUUUAAAUCCAACUGAGGAAGAGCUGCAAAACAUGAUCAACGAAUACGAUGUCGAUGGUAACGGUAAAAUUGAUUUCAUGGAAUUUUGUAAAAUGAUGAAGGAAAUGAACAAGGAAACAGAUCAGGAAUUGAUUCGAUUAGCUUUUAAAGUUUUUGAUAAAGAUGGUAACGGCUAUAUUACGGCACAAGAAUUUAAACAUUUUAUGACGACAAUGGGUGAAAAAUUUAGCGAAGAAGAAGUGGAUGAAAUUAUUCAGGAAGUGGAUAAAGACGGCGAUGAACAGAUCAAUUAUGAAGAAUUUGUGCAGAUGAUUGCACCAAUUGUUCAGGACGGUAACAAGGAUGAUCCAUUUGCUGAACCUCCAAAAGAGAGUAAUAACAAGAAAUAA